GGUCUUCCCCUGCGGGCUGGGCAGAGGCACCAGGAUCAGACAGACACAUUCCCUGUGGACGGCGCUCCCAUCGGAUGACUGGAGGGACUGGACACCAGACGCAGGCAGUACUUCAGGGUGACCAUAAGUCUCCCAAACAUCCACAACGGCUCGCUCUCUCAGCUAAGGUGACAGCGCUGCCAUUUUGGAUCCUGUUCAGCCGCGCGAAGCCGGCGUUCGCACAGAUUUUCGUACGUCAUAUUAAAGCGCACCGGGCGCGCAGACUUCUGGGAGAUGAAGUCCUUGCGAAGGCAGCGCAUUGAUUGGGAGCGCGGGCGCCAGGACCUUUUGCGCAGGCGCGUUGCUUACCCGACCUGAAGAGGCGCCGUCUUCCCGGGUCCCGAGCACUCUGUGCCGGAGGACUCUGCUCUUGUCUACAGGGAGAGCACACAGGAAAGAAUGGCUGCUGUGUCUCCGACCACCAGAUGCCAGGAAUCAGUGACAUUCGAAGACGUGGCUGUGGUUUUCACAGAUGAAGAGUGGAGUCAUCUGGUCCCCAUACAGAGGGACCUCUACAAGGAGGUGAUGCUGGAGAACUAUAACAGCAUUGUGUCAUUGGGCCUUCCAGUUCCUCAACCUGAUGUGAUUUUCCAGUUGAAGAGAGGGGACAAGCCAUGGGUAGUAGAUCUGCAUGGGUCUGAGGAGAGAGAACGGCCAGAGAGUGUCUCUCUAGAAACUAAGCCUGAGAUUCAUGAUGCUUCAGACGAAAAAUCAGAAGGAUCAUUGAGGGAAUGCCUUGGAAGGCAAAGUCCUCUGUGUCCUAAAUUUGAAGUUUAUGCACCCGAUGGCAGGAUGGGAACAGAAAAGCAAAGCCCUUCAGGGGAGACUCAUAAGAAAUCUCUCUCCCGGGAGAAAGGCGUGCGGCGAGGGUCAGCCCUGCCCAGGGAAGUUCUCACUAAAGAGAGACACCAGGAAUGCAGUGACUGUGGGAAGACCUUUUUUGACCACUCAUCCCUCACCCGCCAUCAGAGGACUCACACUGGGGAGAAGCCCUACGGCUGCCGUGAGUGUGGGAAAGCCUUCAGCCACAGGAGCAGCCUCAGCAGACACCUGAUGUCGCACACCGGGGAGAGCCCGUACGAGUGCAGUGUGUGCGCAAAAGCCUUCUUCGACCGCUCGUCCCUCACUGUCCACCAGCGAAUCCACACCGGAGAGAAGCCCUUUCAGUGCAGUGAGUGUGGGAAAGCCUUUUUUGACCGUUCGUCCCUUACUCGACACCAGAGAAUUCACACUGGAGAGAGUCCCUAUGAAUGUCAUGAGUGUGGGAAAGCCUUCAGCCAGAAAAGCAUUCUCACUCGCCACCAGCUACUCCACACUGGCAGGAAGCCGUACGAGUGUAACGAGUGCGGGAAAGCUUUCUAUGGGGUCUCGUCACUGAACAGACAUCAGAAGGCUCACGCCGGGGACCCUCGCUAUCAGUGUAACGAGUGUGGCAAAGCUUUCUUUGACCGCUCGUCCCUUACGCAGCAUCAGAAGAUCCACACUGGAGAUAAGCCAUAUGAAUGCAGCGAGUGCGGGAAAGCCUUCAGCCAGCGGUGCCGGCUCACGCGGCAUCAGCGCGUCCACACGGGAGAGAAGCCCUUUGAGUGCAGUGUGUGUGGGAAAGUUUUCAGUUCAAAAUCUUCCGUUAUUCAGCAUCAGCGGCGUUAUGCCAAGCAGGGAAUAGACUGAGGAGUUGGGUGAAAGCUUGGGCGGGACAAGAACUUCCAUACAAAUUCGAGAUAGGUCUCCCCUGUCUUAAACAAAGCUGCCAUUUGCUCAUUCUACCCACCCUGGCUGCCACUGUCCUGGCCUGCUUGUGCACCAGAGUGUUCAAUAGGCACUCCCUUCCUGCUGUGUUACAGAACUGCAGGCAGGCCACGGAGAUGACUCCCUUCCUGCCGUGUUACAGAACUGCAGGCAGGCCACGGAGAUGACUCCCUUCCUGCCGUGUCACAGAACUGCAGGGAGGCCACGGAGAUGAAUCCCUUCCUGCCAUGUCACAGAACUGCAGGCAGGCCACGGAGAUGACUCCCUUCCUGCUGUGUUAUAGAACCGCAGGCAGGCCAUGGAAAUGACUCUUAACGAUACAAAAGUUUGAUGAGGUUUGUCAGACAACAGGAUAGAUGUUAGGAGGAGACACACCUCUUGUCUGAGAACCUAGGCCCCAGGUAUCACUGCACUUUAAGUAACUGGCGGCUGCAGCAGGAGGGAAAGGCAGAAUGAUAUCAGAGCAGUACUAUUUUUUUUCAGAACAGUUGUUUUGAUGGCUGUUUUAGUCCCCCUGUCUUGGAGCUUUUUGGGGCCCUAAUCUUGUUCUCUUGUGUCCCAGCUUUUAGAUCUCUUCCUUCUACUGCUAGUAGCUGGCACUUCCUGAGCGCUUACGAUGAGGUAAAGACUCAGCUAAGGGUUUUACAGGAAGUAGAUUAACUGAUCCUGUCGCCAACCCUAUGAAGUAGGCACUGUUACCAUCUGCAUCUCUAGAUGAGCACCCUGAGGUUUAUAGAGAUUAAAUCACUUGCCCAAGGUGACCCAGCUGGUAAAAGGUGAUGCCAGGUCUUGAAGACAGGUCCACCUUCAAAGUCUAUUUUCUUUACCAUUAUGCUCGAUGGUUUGUUUUAUAAUUUAUGUAUAUGUAUUAUCCUCUCAACUAGAUUGUAAGCACUUGGAGGUGUGACUUACAGGUCUUUGUAUCUCACACAGUGCCUUGCUAAUGGGUGCUCAAUAAAUAUUUAUAUGAAUGAAUGACUUUUCUACUUACCAGAUUCUCUCCAUUCAAAACACCUUUUGGAUUUGCAUUCUUUGUCUGAAUUCACAGCCCAGCCUACACUUUUAUCAUUCCCAGCUCCCACUCCUGGCAGCAGUAGCUUCCUAAUUCCAAUUCUUCCCACUUGAUUGUUGAAGAGGGAUGUGCUAAGAUGUGGUACAGUAAUAGCCCACAGAGAGCUAUGUCUCCCUUAAAACCUGACGGGAACCACUCUGUCUUAUUCUGUCCUCAUUAUUUGGAACAUCUGGCUUCCAAAGUCACCACAAGGGAGGAAGAGAAAGCUAGAGGAAUUUGUCGGAUUUCUUUUUAGACCCAGGCUUACAUCACGUCUGUCCACAUCUAAGAAGCCAGAACCCAGCACUUGGAGGCCAGGAAAGUAAACAAGCACCUCGAAAGCUGGUUAACACCGAGAGCCUCUGUCACCAUUACAGUUUGCAUAUUACUGUUAACCCAGUCUUUGCGAGUGACCCCUUCCUGCCCAUCGUUGCCUUCCUCAAGACCUAAAAUAGCUCCCUAUUCAGUGAAAAAUCUCAAUAUUUAAGAUCUGCCUUAACAUGAUCCCCAUUGCUGAACUUUACCUCCUGACUCCAAAAACUCUUCUAUUCCCUGGGCCCAGUCCUAUAUUUUCAUUUUUAUUAAAGGAUACGCACUAGAUGACUUUGACUCUAGGCAUCUGCAUUCUCUUGCUCUUCGCUUAGGGUGAAGCUCAGAAAAGGACCUGGUUCUGAAAGGCUGUCUGGAAUUAGACUGCCCUACGUGAUUCCCCGUGGAUUGAGAUGAAUUUCCUCUGGAAGUCCAAGUCAGAUUCGAGAAGCUGAAUUACCAAACAGACCCUCCUCAACCUACUAACAACCCUAUUCCUCUGUUCACCCUAGAGCAGACAAACAGCAGGGAAGACUUGAUCUGUGGACUUUUGAAAGCAACUUGAGGAAAAACACGUAACAGAAUCUGUGGGUAUGGACAAUAUGUGAUACUGCUAAAUAAUGUCAAGUAGGAAAUAAAAAAGACUGUGGACAGAC